CACACCCCCAUGUACUUCUUCCUCCUCAACCUCGCCCUCCUCGACCUGGGCUGCAUCUCCACCACUCUCCCCAAAGCCAUGGCCAAUGCCCUCUGGCACACCAGGGACAUCUCCUACGCAGGAUGUGCUGCACAGGUCUUUUUCUUUUUGUUUUUCUUCUCAGCAGAAUAUUCCCUUCUCACCAUCAUGUCCUAUGACCGCUACGUUGCCAUCUGCAAGCCCCUGCACUACGGGACCCUAUUGGGCAGCAGAGCUUGUGCCACCAUGGCAGCAGCUGCCUGGGGCACCGGGCUUCUCUAUUCCCUGCUGCACACUGCCAAUACAUUUUCCCUGCCUCUCUGCCAAGGCAAUGCCAUCAACCAGUUCUUCUGUGAAAUCCCUCAGAUCCUCAAGCUCUCCUGCUCAGAGUCUUACCACAAAGAAAUUUCACUUCUUUUGGUUAGUGUUCUUGUUUUAUUUGGGUGUUUUGUCUUCAUUGUUGUGUCAUAUGUGCAGAUCUUCAGGGCUGUGCUGCGGAUGCCCUCUGAGCAGGGACGGCACAAAGCCUUCUCCACAUGCCUUCCUCACCUUGCUGUGGUCUCCCUCUUUCUCAGCACGGUGAUGUUUGCGUAUCUGAAGCCCUUCUCCAUUUCCUCCCCAUGGCUGGAUUUGACAGUGGCAGUUCUUUAUUCAGUGGUGCCUCCAACACUGAACCCCCUCAUCUACAGCAUGAGGAACCAGGAGCUCAGGGAUGCAGUGAUGAAAAUGCUCUCAGGCAGAAGGGAUCUCUCAAUCCACCUGCCCAGCAGGCCUUGGAUAUUAGGAGAGGUGCCCGAAGACUGGAGGAUAGCCAAUGUCAGUCUGGUCUUCAGAAAGGGCAAGAAGGAGGAUGUGGGAAACUCCAGGCCAGGCAACGGCCUCAUCAGCACAGCCGUAGCCUGCGACCACCGCCUGCACACCCCCAUGUACUUCUUCCUCCUCAACCUCGCCCUCCUCGACCUGGGCUGCAUCUCCACCACUCUCCCCAAAGCCAUGGCCAAUGCCCUCUGGGGCACCAGGGCCAUCUCCUACGCAGGAUGCGCUGCACAGGUCUUUUUCUUUCUUUUUUUAUUUGGAGCAGAGUAUUCCCUUCUCACCAUGAUGUCCUAUGACCGCUACGUUGCCAUCUGCAAGCCCCUGCACUACGGGACCCUGCUGGGCAGCAGAGCUUGUGCCACCAUGGCAGCAGCUGCCUGGGGUACUGGUGUCCUUAAUUCCCUGUUGCACACUGCCAGUACAUUUUCCCUGCCUCUGUGCCAAGGCAAUGCUGUGGAUCAGUUCUUCUGUGAAAUCCCCCACAUCCUCAAGCUUUCCUGCUCAGAAUCCUACCUCAGGGAAGUUGGGCUACUCCUUUUUAGUGUCUGCUUAGCAUCUGUGUUCUUUGUUUUCAUUGUUGUGUCCUAUGUGCAGAUCUUCAGGGCCGUGCUGAGGAUGCCUUCUGAGCAGGGACGGCACAAAGCCUUCUCCAUGUGCCUCCCUCACCUGGCUGUGGUCUCCCUGUUUCUCAGCACUGUCAUGUUCACAUACCUGAAGCCCUUCUCCAUUUCCUCCCCAUUUCUGGAUGUGGCAGCGGCACUUCUUUACUCAGUGAUUCCUCCAACACUGAACCCUAUUAUCUACAGUAUGAGGAACAAGGAGAUCAAGCAUGCCCUCAGCAAAGUGUUGCAGUAUGCACUAUUCCGGAUUCAAUAA